GGAGGAUGGUGACCGAAUCCGAGCUCAUGAGCUUCGUCAGGGAGCUUCGCAAACACAAAAAUUACACUACUGCCCUUCAGGUUGCUAUGCUCCAUCUGUUUCAACCCACUUUUUGACCGAAGUUCCUCCCGUUGCAUGGAGUAGGGAUAUGAGGAAGGAGAAAAACAUGUAAAAAGUAUGCAGAGGUGAUUCUGUUUUUCUUUUUCCCCCAUGUUUAAGCUAACUUUAAAAGAGUGACUUUUUAAAUUUUUGGGCACGUGCAAGUCACAUGAGCACCUUGGAGGGAAUAUUCCAACAACGAAGUGAUAGAGGGUAUUGACAUGCCACUUUAUAGAAGUUUAGGGUAUUUACUUGUUAUAAAAAUAGGGUGUUUAUUUGCAAAGACAUGUGAACAUUAAGGUAUUUAUGUGCUACUAAUCCCAGUAUUAGUGUUGUUUCUCAUAUUACUUUUUCAUAUAUAGUUUAUUCAUUUAUCUGGAUGCUUGUAAAGGUAAAUUGAUACAUUAACAUAUCUCUUCGUUUUUACCCAAAAUGAUUGGAAAGAAGAAGAAAAAGAUACUUCAUGUAAAUGGGCAUGUUUUUACAAACUUUUUUCUUGUUGACACAAGCUCGUGCAUUGAUCUGUCACAAACGUUUUUUCUUUUUUCUUUUUCUGUACAGGUGUCCGUUUAAAUGCAACACAUCUUACUGUGUCAUUGGCAUUUCAAGUGAAUUGUUUUAUUGUGGAUCUUUGUCCAUGAUUGCUUCUUAGGUUUACCCAUACAUUAUGUUUUGAAGGUUCUUUCUUUCAAUUUUAUUAUCGGUAUUUUUUCUAACGUUCCCUCUAAUUAUCAUAUGGAAUUUCCAUGCUGUCAGGAUCGAUAAAGUAAAGCAAUAAUACUUUGGGGACAAAAAUUAAAACUGAAGUAUUUUGAUACUGAUUUUUAGCAUGAAUUGUCUCCUUAGUACUGAAGUUCUUGUGAGGAAUCAUGCCUUUCAUCAACACGUGGAUGCUUUUAAUUGAUUUAUGCUGAAUGUCACAACCUUCUCAAAAAUGGUAUUUGUGAUGUACGAUCAUUAAGACUGAACUACUGAAGGAAUUAGAAGUUUACAAUUAGAGAGCAUCCGUCAGGGAAAGCCAUCGUAAUUUUUUAACUUGAAUUUUGCAGGGAGCCUAUCUUACGAUAUUUAAUUUUUUUCAUUAACAGUUAACAGAUUGGAUGGAAAAAAAAGGUCUUACAUUCAAUUUCAGUAGCCAUGCAAUACGUUUAGAUCUCAUAUCGAAGGUCAGCGGAAUAGAUAUGGCUGAGAAAUAUUUCGGUACACUUCCUAUACAAGCAAAGAACCAAAAGACAUACGGAUCUCUUCUAAACAGCUUUUGCCAAGAGAAAAUGGAAGACAAAGCCAUUGCCCUCUUUGAGAAGUUGAAAGAACUGAACUUUGCUUCAACCCUCGCAUAUAACAAUAUCAUGACACUUUACAAGAUAUUAGAUCAGCCAAAGAAGGCCCUUAUGUACUUUGAAGAAAUGAAAGGAGCCAAUGUCGCUUCAGAUACAUUUACAUUAGGCAUCUUAAUUACCUGUUACACUUCCCUAAAUGAUAUUGAAUCAGUGGAAAGAGUCAUUGAGGAAAUGAAAGUGGCCGAAAUUCCUAUGACAGAGGUCAUUUACUCUAAUCUGGCUUCUUGUUAUAUUUGUGCAGGAAUUUAUGAGAAAGCUGAGUUAGCCCUUAAGAAGGCAGAGGAAAUUAUGAAUCACCGUGAUAGAACUUCUUAUAACCGUAUAAUAAGUUUGUAUGCAAGAGCCGGUAAUUUAGCAGAGACCAUUAGGGUGUGGAAAUUACUAAAAGCUUCUUUCCCAAGGACAAAUAAUUUGAGCUAUCACAAUUUUCUUCAUGCGCUUGGAAUAUUAGGUGAUGUGGAUGGAGUGAAGCAGUGCUUUGAAGAGUGGGAGUCGGUUUGUAUCAACUAUGAUGUAAAAGUGCUGAAUGUAGUAAUCGAUGCAUACUUAAGGAAGGGGAUGGUUGAAGAAGCAGAAUCACUGCGAGAGAAGGGUAUAGAGAAAGGACUUGGAUUAGAUUUCAGGACAUUGGACCUGUUCACUGAUUAUUACUUGGAGAGAAAUGACGUGGGUUUGGCUUUAAAGUGCCUGGACAUCAUUGAUACCUCUGAAAAACAAUGUGAAUGGAAGCCGAGCAAAGAGAAGGUGAGCAUAUUUUUGAAGUAUUUUGAGGAAGCUAAGGAUGUGGAUGGAGCAGAGAAAUUCUGUCAGAUUCUGAAGAAGAUCAACUGCCUCGAUGCAGAAGCCUAUGAAUCUCUUAUCCGUGUUUAUGUGGCUGCUGAAAGAAAGGAGCCCUCUCUUCCGCAAAGAAUAAAGGAGGAUGGAAUCAAGGUCAGCGCUGAAGCCGGUAAGUUACUUGAAAUGGUUACUGAUUAGGUGAAGAAGAACUCGGUUUCUGAAAAUAGUAGCUAAUGCAGCUUUGGUUCCUGGAAGCCCCCUUAUUUCUGAAAAUACUUUCUAGUUUCAACAGAGGAGUUCGUUAGGAUCGUGUUAUAGAAAAUACAAGAUUGAAUCUUUUAACCAAAUGAAUUUGAUUAUAGAGGAUCAAAGAUAACCCAGGAGUAGGUGGUUACGUUUUCCUGUUCCCAUUCAUGGGCUAGUUCUUCGGACAAAGAAUGAAUAUUGACAUGCUUCUAUUCAUCCUGUAAUGUUACUUAAUUUGACGAAUCAUUCAGUCUUAGCUUCGAUAGUAUCGAGGCCUAUAUUUGUAGAAAGUUUUCUUUUUUCACCUCAUGAAAAUAAUGAUUAGAUGAUGAGACUUAAAAUUA